GCUGGUCAGGAAGAAAGGGCUGCUGUGUUGAGGCCGACACUCAGACACAACUAGGACCUGGACGACGCUGCAACGCUUCUUUGUAAGGGAUAUAUGCGCCACUGGACACAUGGAAACCGAAUUUUAACUAGCAGAGUUUCACGAAACGCCGACCGACGCCGCUGUUUCGCUGUCUCGGGCGGCGCAGUUGUUGUUUUCCUCCCGGCUUGUGUGUCGCUGGCUGCUGGUCACAGUAAUCCGGAGCCCACUGUUAAUGAGACUGAGAAGAGACUAAAGAGCUGCUGUGUGGCGACGCAGCCACAAACCUGUCUGACAUACAAGUCUUUAUUCAGGCCCGGAGGAAACGCACGGCUCGGCUCUGUUGAUGUUAGCCCGCGCUAACAGCUGAGGCCGGGCUGGCCCAGCUAAGCUCCACCGGUAGAGCUCCAACUACACGGAUCAAGUAAGCCGUGGACACCGUGUCGUUUUGCGCAGCUGAACGGGCUACAGAGAGCCGUCUCCUUUUCUGUUUGUGGCACAGAUUGCUUCGCUUGGCAGGAGCAGCAGCAGCGUGUGAUCUAGUCAGAGAUCUUGUUUGGUGAAGGUUUCUCUAGAGGAUCACCACUUUGAACCCCCUUUCUGCAUCAGAUAGUGCCAUGAAUCACUCCGGACAACAGCUGCUGCCCACAUAGAGGUCACUUCACCUCUCUUUCCACUUGCCUUGGCCCAGAGGAUGCUGGGGAUGUGUCGCGGGCGCAGGAAGUUCCUGGCGGCCUCCAUCGCCCUGCUCUUCAUCCCAGCACUCACCUGGCUCUACCUAUCAGCCGGGAACUUUCAAGUGAAGCCACUUCCUCUGUCACCGUUGGAGGCCCAGUCGUCCACACCAGUGGGUGGGGCCGGGGAGCGCCAGGCGCUGGAGCUUCGGGUUCGGGCCGUGGAGGAGGAAAACCGGGCUCUGCGCCGCGAGCUCAACCAGCCACCCAGGAGCCCGCCGGCACGGCUUCCCAACUCCAGUCACCGUGGCAACCAAAGCCGUACCCAUUCAGAGGAAGGCACCGGUGACAAUGAGGGUCAGAAAGCUGCUGCAGCAGGAAAUAGCUCAGACUGUGUGCAGCAGCCAGCAGUGGAUAAGUGUGAGACCAUCCAUGUGGCCAUCGUAUGUGCAGGUUACAACGCCAGCCGGGAUGUGGUGACUCUGGUGAAAUCUGUCCUUUUCCACAGACGGAACCCCCUCCAUUUCCACUUCAUCACAGACUCCAUUGCCCAACAAAUCUUGGCCUCUUUAUUCCAUACCUGGAUGGUCCCUGCAGUCCGAGUUGACUUCUAUGAUGCUGAUGAGCUGAAGUCUGAGGUGUCAUGGAUACCCAACAAACAUUAUUCUGGAAUAUAUGGCUUGAUGAAGCUGGUGCUUACAAAGACACUGCCCUCCGAUCUGCAGCGAGUCAUCGUUCUAGACACCGAUAUCACCUUUGCUACUGACAUUGCUGAGCUCUGGGCUGUCUUUCACAAGUUCAAAGGUCAGCAGGUUCUGGGUCUGGUGGAGAAUCAAAGUGACUGGUACCUUGGGAACCUGUGGAAGAACCAUCGGCCUUGGCCAGCCCUUGGCAGGGGCUUCAACACAGGUGUGAUUUUGCUUCUUCUGGAUCGGCUACGGAAGCUGAGAUGGGAGCAGAUGUGGAGGUUGACUGCAGAGAGGGAGCUAAUGAGCAUGCUGUCUACCUCCUUGGCAGACCAGGACAUCUUCAACGCUGUGAUCAAACAGAACCCAUUCCUGGUUCACCAGCUGCCCUGCUUCUGGAACGUCCAGCUGUCUGACCACACCCGCUCUGAGAAGUGUUACAAAGACGUGUCGGACCUCAAGGUCAUCCACUGGAACUCUCCUAAGAAGUUGAGAGUGAAGAACAAGCAUGUGGAGUUUUUCCGUAACCUCUACCUGACCUUUCUGGAGUAUGACGGCAACCUGUUGCGGCGCGAGCUCUUUGGCUGCCCCAGUGAGGCCGACCACAACAGUGAGAAUCUCCAGAAGACGCUGUCAGAGCUGGACGAGGAUGAUCCGUGCUACGAGUUUCGUCGGGAACGAUUCACUGUCCACCGAACACACCUCUACUUCCUCCACUACGAGUACGAACCCAGCCCAGAUCACACCGACGUCACCCUGGUUGCCCAGCUUUCAAUGGACAGACUCCAAAUGUUAGAGGCCAUUUGUAAGCACUGGGAAGGACCCAUCAGUCUAGCCCUGUACCUGUCAGACGCUGAGGCCCAACAGUUCUUGCGCUAUGCUCAGGGCUCCGAGGUGCUGAUGAGCCGUGGUAACGUUGGUUACCAUAUCGUCUACAAGGAGGGACAGUUUUACCCGGUCAACCUGCUGCGAAACGUGGCCAUGCAGCAGGUCAACACACCGUACAUGUUCUUGUCCGACAUUGAUUUCCUGCCUAUGUAUGGCCUCUACGAGUACCUCAGGAAGUCAGUGGUGCAGCUUGACAUGGCCAACACUAAGAAGGCCCUGGUGGUUCCAGCCUUUGAGACACUGCGAUAUCGCUUGUCCUACCCAAAGUCCAAGGCUGAGCUGCUCUCUCAGUUGGACAUGGGCACACUCUUCACUUUCAGGUACCAUGUGUGGACCAAAGGCCACGCACCGACUAACUUUGCCAAGUGGAGGACAGCCACCACCCCCUACAGGGUGCAGUGGGAAGCUGACUUCGAGCCAUACGUCAUGGUGAGGAGGGACAGUCCUGAGUACGACCGCCGGUUCGUUGGCUUUGGCUGGAACAAGGUGGCUCACAUUAUGGAGCUGGAUGCACAGGAGUAUGAAUUUGUGGUUCUGCCCAACGCAUACAUGAUCCACAUGCCUCACGCGCCUAGCUUCGACAUCACCAAGUUCCGUUCCAACAAGCAGUAUCGGGUCUGCCUCAAGACCCUGAAGGAAGAAUUUCAGCAGAACAUGUCGCGGCGCUACGGCUUCGCCGCCCUUAAAUACAUGACAGCAGAAAACAAUAGCUAGCCUCCGCUGCAGACCCUCACUCGCCUGGUCCUGGACUACUGACAUGGCCUGUCAACCGGGGAGGGGAGGGCACCAGGUAAUGGACAGCUCGUGUUUGGCCAUUUGGAGCGUUUCAGAUAUUUUCAGACUGGAGUUCCUCUGAUUCUCUUACAACCUUUGACCCUCAGUAUAAAGCAGGCAGGACUCCAAGGGUCAUCACGUCCACACUUUGCCCUCUGCUGAAUUCAGGAGAGAUGCUACAUCUGGGACCUGAUCAUUUCUGCCAGGGUGCAAAAGCUGUGGAAGACAACAUGGGUUACUGCUUCUGUUUAGAGCGCCCUGGCUUGGGCCCUGGGCCUUUGGGCCGUCAGUCUCAGCACUGAAGUCGUCCUGCUGUCUGACAAACAACAGAACUGGAUUGUGCAACAAGCAAACCCAAAGUGACAGACUUGACUGUUGCCUUGGAAAGCAGACAUUCAUUGCCUUGCCAUAUUUGUAAGACCAGUGACUGAGUUGUGGGCUAAGUGUAACAUUGUGUGUGUGCGUGUGUGUGUGUGCGUGUACGUAUGCGUGUGCAGAUGAAAGCUGGAGUGUGUGUAUGUGUGUGUGUGUGUGUUUGUCCAAGACAAUGCUUAGCAAAAAGCUUAAGGAGAGCCAAGAAUGAGGCUUUGAAGCAUUGCGGGCUUACAUAAUGUUUGCACGCUGCGAACGGGAGUGUUUUCCAAGUGCCAUGAUGUGACAAAAAGCGGCGCUUUUGACUGACAGCACACCAAGAUUCACUUUAGCAGAAAACGCAACUCAUCACAAAGCAGCAAGAUAAGACAAAGCAGCAGCGCCACGAGUAAACAUGUCCACACACAUUCUGAAAAUCUCAUUCCGAUGAGUGACACAUACUAAGAUAUUAAGGCAGCCAGCCAGGCAACCAUCUGCUAUUGCUUAAUUUGUUUCAUAGCUGAUACAGAUCAAAAUAAAUCUUCUUACUCCUAUGACAAGGGAACUUAAGUGCAAGGAUGGCUGGAGGUCAUACCAACAGUUGAUAUUCAGGGUAUCUUCACAUCACAAUCAGUGCACUGAUAGGGAUUGUGUUUUGCUCUGACAAGAAAACGUGACAGAACUGCCCUCUGUCUUGCAGUUUUUCUGUUUUUCUAUGUGUGUGUACUUGUACCAUUACCAAUGUGGUCUACAUACACAGAAAAUCUCACACCUAACUCCACCUGGUUAAUGAAGCUCCCACAACAUAUUUUACACCAAGGAGCGAGGCGCCAAUCAUUCAGCUCACUGUUUACUCUUUUUUUUUUUUUUUUUUUUCCAACAAUCAGUAUUAUUUAUCAGUGUGUUUACAGUCCUGACGUCUGGAACAGGAGAGCCAGCGAAGCUGCCGCGUAUCCCAUUUCAUGGACAAAAGAGGAUCCGCGGACGGAAAAGGGAUUUCAACUCUAGAACAGCAUUUCUGUGUAAAUCAACCACUUACAGUCAAACGUAGAGAUGUUCAGGGACAAUCUCUCUCUCUGUCUCUCUCUGUCUCUCUCUCUGUCUCUCUCUCUCUCUCUGGUGGUCAUUAUACUGGUCUCUCACUCUGUCCAGGAAAGCUGCAAGCAGCAAGACUCAGCUGGCAGGCCAAGCCGACGCCAACCAGCUGCAGAAGGGCUUGAUGCAGUCGUGCAGGUGUGCUUGUGUCAACUGUGUGAAUGGAUUGUGUAUGUUAAGUGUGCAGCUGCGUGUGAAGUUUGACUCUGUGUGUGUGUGUGUGUGUGUAUGUGAGAGAGAAAGGGAGAGAGAGAGAGAGAGAGAGAGAGAGUGUUUGUGUGUGUGUGGCUUUUGCAAGUGAUGUAUCCCAACAGGGACUAAGAGGAGAUAUAGUAUGUAACUAGGACAGUGCUGACAGACAUGCUGCUACCUGAAUAAAAGCAAAUGAGUGAAA